AUUGAAAAGCAUUUUUAAUGUGCUAGGAAAGCUGACAUGGCUUGACUCGAUUUUGAAAGGAGCUGUGCUUGUCCCUUUCUGUCAAGGAUCAUUCUGCAGGGAAUGCCUGCACCCAUGCACAGCUCAGCAGGACCAGCUCUGUAUAGCCACCUCCUGAGAAUCCAACCCUUUCCUCACACAGAAACCAAGACUACAGCUGGCAGAGACCUCUCCAGGCCACCCAACCCACGUCUGGUGCUCAGUCUUGGAACGGCAUUAUUCAACAUUCAUUUGAGAGGGAGCCAUGAAUUUCAUCUGAUGCUUCCAUCACAUGGUGACUUUCAGCCUCUUCCUCCAGUAUCGUCCAGCAUUUUGCUCCUGGUGGGACCCACACUUGGCAAACAAGCUCACAGACACCUCUUUCUCUAUGCUAUGUGUAAAGAAGAUGGGCAUCUUGGUUGCCUUGUGGCUUUAAAAUAAUAAAACGCACACCUGCCAGACCUACAUAUGCACAUAACAGAGAGUAAUUUUGCUUAUUAACUACAGAGUCUCAUCGGUGCAUGACAUCUGACAGAGAUGAAUACGUUGGAAAGCAGUUGCAUCCAGAGGAUACUGAAGGGGAGCUGAUCACAGCCGCAUAUGAGCUUGGAGUCGCCCACCCGCCUGGUUACCCGCUGUUCACGCUGCUGGCCGGGCUGGCCAUGAGGUUGCUGCCCGGCGGGGCCGCUGCGGGCCGUGUCAACCUGCUGUGUGCUGUGCUGGGAGCUGCAGCAGCCUCGCUGCUCUUCUACACCGUGCUCAGGCUUUCUGGCUCAUAUGCUGGAGGAAUCCUUGCUGCGGGGGUGUUUUCAUUUUCUCGUCUAACAUGGCAGUGGUCCAUCACGGCGGAGGUUUUUAGCUUAAACAAUCUGUUUGUGGGGCUGCUUAUGGCUCUUACCGUGCAUUUUGAGGAGGCAUCCACUGCAAAAGAGAGAUCAAAGAUUGCUAAACUUGGUGCCUUUUGCUGUGGCCUCAGUUUGUGCAAUCAGCACACGAUAGUGCUCUAUAUUGCUUGUAUUGUACCUUGGGUUCUCUUCCUGCUCUUCAGAAAGAUGGAAUUGUCCCUAGGCCAUUUGCUGAAGUUGGGUUUAUGCUUCUUGGCUGGUUUGCUGCCUUAUCUCUAUCUGCCGGCUUCGUCCUACCUCAGUCGAGCCCGUUGGACAUGGGGAGACCAGACGACUUUUCGAGGAUUUUUGACCCAUUUUCUCAGGGAGGAAUAUGGGACAUUCAAUCUGGCCAAGUCCGAGACCGGAUCCAGUAUGAGAGAGAUGCUGAUCUUCCAGCUGGAGCAGAUGAGAUCGGAGCUGUCUCUUCCUGUCCUCGCCCUGGCUCUCAUGGCCUGUUUCAGCACAGCACUGCCGAUAAGGCAACAGAAAUCACCCGUCAUUUGUCUCUUCACUGGAAUGCUCUGUGUUUAUUCACUCUUCUUCGCCUGGAGAGCAAAUUUGGAUGUUACAAAGCCUCUGUUUCUGGGAGUGGUGGAGAGGUUCUGGAUGCAGAGCAAUGCGGCUGUGGCAGUGCUGGCCGGGCUGGGACUCCCUGCUCUUGUGUCCCUUGGAGGUGCUGUGCUGCAGGGCAGCCGGGUGUUGCCAUGGCUGGAGUGGCUUUCUGCUGGGGCUCUCGUCACUGCUCAACUUUGGGCCAACUAUAGCGAUUGUGAUCAGAGCAAUAAUGACAUCGUUGAUAAGUUUGCAAGAAACCUGCUGUCCUCUAUGCCAAUGGGUGCAGUGAUUUUGCUAAGAGGAGACUUACCUGGGAACGCCCUUCGUUACCAGCAUUAUGUUGAAGGAGUGAGGCCAGAUAUCACGUUAGUGGACCAAGAGAUGAUGACUUAUGAAUGGUAUUUACCCAAGCUGGCAAAGCAUUUACCUGGUGUUCAUUUUCCUGGGAACCGGUGGAACCCUGUGGAAGGAAUAUUACCCGAUGGGACGCUCACUUUUAAUCUCCACCAUUUCCUCAAAGCAAACAAACAUAAAGAAGUGUUUGUCUGCAUUGGUCUUCAUGAAGGGGACUCAACGUGGAGGAGGAGUUACUCACUUUGGCCAUGGGGUACCUGUGAAAAGUUGGUUCCAUCUGACGCUGUCUUUGACCCAGAAGAGUGGAUUCGUCUGACAAGAAAUCUCUAUAACUGGACUGAAGAAUAUGGGAGUUUCAAGCCCUCUUCCUGGGAAGCUGUCGCCAAUGAGGAGAUGUGGCAAGCCAGGAUGAAAACAGCUUUCUUUAUAUUUGGCCUUGCAGAAACUGCCAGUGUGCCUGCAGAAAUGAAAUCACGGCUGUACACAUUGGCAUACACUGUAAGUAAUAUAUUUUGUUACAAAUACUGUCUGCAGUCUUCAUCUGUUUUUUUUGGUUUUUUUUUUUUCCUUUAAUUCUUUUGACCACAU